GUAGCAGAUUGUAUGGCAAACUAUAGCCGUACCGAGUCAUGUACUACGGUGUGGAUGUGCAGAUCUCCUCCAUGUUGUGAGGACUUAUUGCCUUUCAAUUGUACCCUGUGAGUUUGGAAUAAGACUCCCAUAUGAUUUCGCAAAAAAAAAAACAUUCACAAAUAUAGCUGGCCAAAUGGGCCGUGCCAACCAGGCCGGGCCAUGGGCGAGGCAUGACAUGGGCUAAACGGGCCAGGCCCGGCAUGCGGCACGGGCCGCCAUGGGCGAGGCAUGACACGAGCUAAAUGGGCCAGGCCCGGCACGCUGCACGCCCUGGGCCAUGCUUGGGAUGCUAGGCUGAGCAUGCGGGCCAGCACGACACGCCCUUUUUAUAUUUUUUAUAUAUCUCUAUAUGACCCAACAGGUAAAAUAGGCAAAAAACGCCCAGUGUGCCAAAUAGCAGGCAGACUAGUGGGUCUGGCAUGCCGGUGGGCCGGCCCGAUUAGCAGCUGGGCCGGGUCGGCCCGUUUGGCCAGCUAUGUUCACAAAUACCAUUCCUUCCCGGGCAAACGUUCGCUGGUCACCGGUGAAAGGGUUGCACCAUAAACUACGGGUGCACCGCCUACGUUCGCGGGGAACCUGCUACCUUCUUCGCCGGCUCGCUCAACUUUCCCGCCAAAAUUUUAGAAUCCCUCUCCACCAGGCCCACACUAGAAAAAGAAAGAAAAUCUGAAGCCCUCACACAGAUCUACUGCUCCAACCAAAUUCCCCAACCCUCCCCCUCCGCCGCCGGCCCCCACCCAUGACGGCCAUCGCCGGCGAGCCCCACCGCGUAGUCCUCCUCGUCGACCUCAACCCCCCCCUCCCCUCUCCAAACCCUAGCGCCCCCACUGCCCAGUCCGCCUCCUCCUCCUCCUACAUCGCCGCCGUCCUCCCAACCGCGGCCUCCCUCCUCGCCGCCUCCCCCUCGCCCGCCUCGCUCUCCGCCGUGCGCCUCUUCUUCUCCUCCCUCUCCCCGAUCCUCUCCUCCUCUCUCCUCCCCAAGCACCUCCCCUCCGCCCCUACCCCGCUUUCCUUCCACCUCCCCACGGCCACCCUCGCCUCCCUCCCCCCGCUCCGCCGCCUCGCCCUCCCGGCCUCGCCGCACCCCCGCGUCACUGCCUCCUCCUCCAUCGCCAAGUCGCUCCUCCAGCUCGAGCACGACUACUCCUGGGACGCCGAGUCCCAACACGGCCGCCGCCGCCGCGUCUUCGACCGGCCGCCCAAUUUGGCGGUUCUCUUCACGUCCGUCUCUGAUUUCGAGGAAUUCGGGGAGAACGCCAGCCCUGAGAAGAGGUUUCGUGGGGUUUUCGAGCCGGUGAGGGACCGGCUUCAGUCCAGGGGCAUACAGGUGUGCUGGGUUGCCGUUGGUUCCACCGGCGAGGGGAUACGGAGGGCGGUGACAGACCUAGGGUGGAGGUUUACGACAGCAGAUGCAGUCACGUUGGGGUCGGCGGUUGCCCCGCCAGGGCUCGUCUGGGGAGGUGUUGGAUUUGGGUGUGGGGGAGGUGGACGGCGAGGUGAGGUAGUGUUGGAGAUCGCCGAUGUGAAAGGGAAGCCACUGGUCUGCAAGGGCUGCGAGGUUGAGAUUGUUAGCUCCACGCCGUUGCAGGUGGGUAGCCACGGUGUGUCCAGGAUACAUGUGAAGGCGGUGUGUGAGGUGGGGAAUUGGGAGCAGUUAAUGGGCAGAGAUGGCGAGGUUGCUCUGGUAUGUGGGUUGCCACAGGAUAGGAGCAAGGGUGACGGUGAAGGAGCUGUGGACAGGGAAUUUUUCCCUCAUCGGCUUCUUGAGUUGGUUCUUGCUGAUGAGAGCAAUUGCCUUCGGGCUGGAAUGCCUAUUUGGCAGCUCAUUCUGGUUUUCCUUCAUAGGAAAAACUAUUGUGCAAUGGUUUCGAUUUCUGAUGGAGACGAGAAGUCUGUAGAUGGCCUUCUCGUACCUUUCUCGAUGAACUGUGCAUUACUGCAUGUCGACAGGAAUGGCACUGGUUUAGAACAGGUGGUUGCGAAGAGUCCUGAAACAUUGGAUAGUUCCAUGCCUGAUCCACCAAAGGAGCUGAGUGUGAGGAAGAAGAGAAUCAGGCUGGUCAGUAAGCUACUUGAGGCAGCCAGUUGGAGCACCUUCUGUGAUGUGCUCCUCAAACAUGCUGAUGGCAGCAUGCCAGUGGUGGAGUUGGAAGACCUGUAUUUCAGCAGGUAUGGCACUGCAUCCAAAAAGUUGCGGUUUCUGAAAUGUUGGCUGAAGCAAGUGAAAUUGUCAUCUCUUGGUACUUCAUCGAGCCUUCAUACAGGCGAGACACGUUCUUCCUCAAAGGAUGAAGGAGAAGCAAAACUUCAAUUCUCAGAGGAGGACGGGGCUCCUCAUGUCUGUUCGGUGGAUGAAGCAGAUUGUAACAAAAUUGACAAACCAGUGGAUGAAGCAGAUUGCAACAAAGUGGAGCAACAAGUGGACGAGGAGACUUCAGCAUUCUCUUCAAUGGAAGAUUUAGAAGCAUUUCUUGGGAGCAUCCCUCAGAAGAUUGAGCAAGGUCUUUGUUCUGAAGAUGCUGAUUUGGGAAAUCUAGCUGAACGCUUGGUUGGCUUGUCUGUCGAUGCGCUGAUGAUUAAGAAUGGAAAGAUUACAGUGAGAUAUUUUGAACACAGGGAAGUAGAUGAUGCUUCUGAUGCAAAAGUUAUCUCCGAAGCUUCCAUUAUUCUGUUGAGGAAACCCAAAGAGCUUCUGUUGAAGUACAAAGACAACAAUUCAGCAUCUGCUGGAUCAGAACAAACCUCAAAAUACAACGCAAAUUACAAAAUCCGAGAGCAUGAACUGCAGAUCUUACUUAGGUUGGAAAUAAUCAGGUCCAAACUUGGCCCAGACUUCGAGGAAGGUUCAAAACAGAAGAUGAUAAAAGAGAUCUGCUCUCUUUUGCAGUUUAUUGAUAUAAACCUCCAAGGGGAUUCAUUUCAGUCUGACAGUAUCGUUAAGUUUGCUGAGAAGACCAUCAAGUCCAGGUACAUGGACUCUCUGGAGGAUGUGAUCAAGAAGAUAUACACGGAGAUGGAGUUUGAUCUGUUCGACGAAGAUGACUUGCCAUGUUCAGACUCUCUACCCAGCAGCAGCAACCAGGAUGACGGCAAGGGCAACAAGAGCCGGAGCAGCCAGAGGAACUGCGCCAGCAGCUCGAGCGCUCCCACGCUUCACACGAGGAGCAGACACCAUGACAGGCACGAGGAGCAGCUGGCGCGAGCGAGUGAGCGACGGAACAGGGAGCGCAGGCUCUCCUCCUUCACCAGCUGGGUGCCGGACUUGCGCCGCGUGUGGGCGCUCAAGCACCCCGGGAAGGAGCCUCCCCUGGCGGCGGCGGUGCCUCGGUCCAGGCAGCACUCGAAGCGGAGGAAGCGGCGCACGGCGUGCACCGACAUGGUCUGCGAGACGCCCAUGACGGCCUCGAAGAAGCAGCAGCCGGAGCAGGCCGGGUCGGGGUCUGACGAGAUGAUGUCGAUCGGGUCCGUGUCAAAGACCUUGUUCGACGACGACACGGAGGUGAGCAGCUCCAGCAGCGUGUGAACGAAAGUGUACUCGAACGAGCAUAUUGGUCGCGCGGUUGCACAGUUGCGAUUUUCUUCAGAAGCUUGGAGAUCUCUGAGCUCCAGGGAAGGCAUUUCUCAUCAGUAUGGAAGUGUCCUGAUUGUUGUGGUGGGCCGGGCUGAUUACUCAUUCAUUCCGUUGUUGAACUUCGGCAUCUGUUUCAGCUGUAUGUCCUCUCACCCCUCAAAAAAAAAACUGUAUGUCCUGUCUUCUUCUACGGUGAUGACACUUCUUUUUGGCUGAGCUAGCGGGACAUAGCGGGCGUGACUAUAUGUUUUUUUAGUCUAAACACAUUUAUUAAUCAGUAAACAUAGGGAUA